UGAUAUACUGUAUAUAUGGUGUGUAGCCCCUGAGGAUAAAGCUAAGUCGUGUUAUUUCCUGUAUCAGUUAUGGCGUUUUGAGUAACUUGUGCACGUUAACAUCCCUCAUAAUGGCUCGCCGAAAAGAUUCAAGAAUUGUAAAGAUUCGAACUGAAGAAAAUGAUCUUGAUAAUCAAUUGCGAGAGGCUGGCCUAUUUGAAGAUGGGAUGGAUUUUGAUACAAAGAAAGCAAUGUUGGCAAUGUUGGAAGAGUCACGAAAGUCAGCUCAGGAGGAAGAGAAUCAACGGCAGCAGUGGAAGGAACAAGAGGAAGAAAUUCUUAAGGAAACUUUAAAUAGAUCCUUUAGAAAUAACAUUGAGGAGAGUCAUCAAGGUGAGAUUAUUUCUGGUGAGGAGCAUGAGAGUGAUGAAAACUCACGGGACUCUGAUGUAGUUGCCCUUCCCCUUGAAGAUGUAGCUGACACACAUUGCCUCUCAGAUAGUGGUUCUUUUACUCUUGAAUUGGAUCCUCUCCGCACAGGGUCACCAGAGCAGGUGGUUCCAAGUAAAACUCAGUCCUCGGAAAACCAGUCAACAACAAAUAAUGAAGCUGAGCAGAUUACAUCCAGUGUGGGAACAUCAAGUAAGGGGUUGAGUGACACAGGGCUACCAAUUGAUAAGAAGGAUGACAGUGAUGAAGAAAUGGUACCUUGCCCUCUCUGUCAAAACUUCUUCCCUGUACAGAAGAUUGAGGUUCAUGCUUCAGAUUGCUCAGACUUAGUAGACAACCCAGAGACUCCACAACCAAAAGAAGUCAACAAGAAAGGGAAGCGAAAGCGUCUUCAGAAUAAACAGCCAGCACCAGACAUCAAUAUUGAACAAGAGUCAGAAGAGACAAAAACAUCAGACAUGACUACAUCAGGUGAAGCAAGGUCCUCAGCUGGGCAUGAAAAGUGUACAUUCUGCAAAAAGUUGUUCAAGGAAGGUGACGACUUUUUAAACCAUGUGAAUUCGUGCAAAAGUAUGGAGGCUAUUCAACACAACAUUGUUUCUCCCACUACUUCCAAGAGUCCAGGGUUUAAAAGUGUGAGGCCAAAAGUUGGUGCAGAUUCUCCCAUAAGAGUGGUGGGUGGGUCUACACCUGUUGUUAAAACUGGGAAUCUGUUUGAUCGCCUCGAAGGUAACUUGGAGUGCAUAACUGGGGACAUUACUGACUCUACAUACAGGAACUCCCACAUAGCAUUGGCGCAGAUACUCAACUGCGUGGCUGUGAAGCCUCACGGACUCUCUCAGAUAUUAGCAACAAAAUAUCCUUACUGCAACUCCUACAAAAGUCGUCGUGCAAUAGGCACUCGUAAUUGUGCCAUACUUGAAGAUCGACCACGACCUGGAAAUAUUAAGAUCUGCCGUCCAGAUUCUGCAUCAUCAGGACCUUUGGUGGUUAAUAUUUUUGGCCAGUUUUAUAUGGGGAAGGCAAGGAAUCAGAACUUACUUUCUAAGAGGCUUAUAAAUCAGUUACAGUAUAGUUUAAGUACCGAUCCUAACUUGUUUAAACAAAAAGAAAGCUUACAGUCUGAUCAACACCUGUUGGCAGGCAUUAAGGAAGACACAUAUCCAAACAGAGUUGAUUGGUUUAAUGAAGGCCUCAAACAGUUGGUAGAAAAGAUCCCUUUUGAAAAAAUCACUCAAGUAGUGUUUCCUUAUAGAAUUGGCUGUGGGUUGGCAGGUGGAAAUUGGGAAAGAGAUUACUUUCCAGCUGUUAAACGGUUUGCCAACCAAGUCAGCAUCUAUGAUAUAAAGGUAAAAAUUGUUCAAAAAAUUGAAGUUCAAAACUCAGAUAAUGAAUUAGCUGUCAUUGAAACAGUCAAGAAAACUAUAACGCUCCAAAAAUAUUACAGUAGAAAUUGAGAGAUGUUAACUAUUUUCACCAUCUAACAACACUUUUUUUUUUACAACUUUCAACAGUUCUUCAAUCAUCCUUUAUUCUGUUCCUCAUUUAAUAUACUGAACUGCACUUUACUGUACAUAUUCAUUAUGAUUCAAGUGUUAAAAGUGUUGCAUUGUAAUGAAAUUGCACUUGCCACUAGGACCUCAAUCAUUUGUUCCAGCAAGCUUUUCCUCAACCCCUCUGGCUUCAUUUUGAAAAUGGUCACCCUGAUCAGAUUUCCAUCUCAUGAUGAUCCUGUAGUGUCUAAACUUGAUAGAGAGUUACCAUAUUGUAAAAUCUCAAUAAUCUAAUAUAAUUGGCAUGGAGGGGGGCCAAUACCAAAAAUUAAAAUUUGUGGAAUGAUUAACAAGAGUUUCCCGAGCACAGAAAUAAAAGCAUUUGAGGUUGCCUGUGUCGUGAGGAAAGCAGUGACUUCUUUGGUCAGAAUAACUGAAUGUAUUACUGAAUAAACUUUUCCUUUGACUGAAGUCUUGCA